GAUAGUUUUUACCCUUUGAUGUGUAUGUAAUAAAUAUGAAAUAAACUAAUUGUUUUAAAUCUUUAUAUUUGGUGUUCAAUCUAGCUUUGUGAAUGUUCUUCUUGCAGACGUUCCAUCUGUUUUUGAAACUUAUAACGCUGAAAUGAAGAGCAUAUCAGUGAUAAAGGGAAGUCCUGGGGUUCUUCAGACUGAUGUUACUGAAUUACAUGGAGAUGAGCUGAUAGUGUGGAGGUUUGGAGAUGAAGGAAAACUCCUGGCUAAAGAAGAUAAAGAGACCAAGAGUCCACCAUAUUAUAAUAGUGAUGAGAGAUUCAGACACAGACUGGAGCUGAUUGACCAGACCGGAUCUCUGACCAUCAAGAAUGUAGUAUACAAAGAUGCUGGACUUUAUACAGUAAAGAUCAGCAACAACAAACAGACAACAUACAAGAGAUUCAUAGUUUCAGUCAGCAGUACAGGACUGUCUCCAGCUGCUGUAGCAGCAAUUGUUCUGCUGCUGCUGCUGCUGUUUGCAGCUGCAGCUGGAUUUAGUUUUCUUUGUCAUCGUCGCAAAAUCUAUGAACUACAGAAAGAUAAAAAGGAGCAGUAUGUGCAGCAAGGAGGAUCUGUCACUCUAGAGCCAGACGCUGAAAUAGAAAGAGAUGAUAAAAUACAGUGGAUGUUUGGAGAUGAAAAGUGUCCAAUCGCAAAAAUGAUGAAAAAAAUGACUGGAGGGACCAGAGAGAUAACAUAUCCUGAUGAGAGCAUCAGAGACAGACUGGAGCUGGACGAGAAGACUGGAUCUCUGACCAUUAAGAACAUCACUAUUAAACACACUGGAGAUUAUAAAGUGAAGAUCAGCAGUAGAAGAAAAAUCCAAAUAAAUAUGUUCUGUAUUAUAAUUAAAGAGGAGAAAGUGACAGUCAUGGAGGGAAGGACAGCUGUUUUACACAGUGGCACAGAAAUACAGACCGAUGAUCAGAUAGAAUGGAGGUUUAACACUGAUGAGUCUCCCAUAGCUGAAAUCAAAGAUGGACGAAAGAUCUUUCCAUCUGAUGGUCCUGGUGGGAUAUUCAGAACCACGCUAAGCCUGGACGAGAAGACAGGAUCUUUGACCAUCAAGAACAUCAGAAAUGAACAUGCUGGGGGUUAUCAUCUAAUUAUCAAGAAUAGAAGCACCAAGCACCAUGACAGAAGAUUCAUUACUAAAGUAAUUGAGGAGAAAGUGAGAGUCAUGGUGGGAGAUACAGCUGUUCUGAAGAGUCCUGCAGGAAUACAGACUGAUGAUCAGAUAGAAUGGAGGUUUAACACUGAUGAGUCUCCUAUAGCUAAAAUCAAAGAUGGACAGAUCUUUCCAUCUGCUGAUCCUGUUGGGAGAUUUAGAAACAUGCUAAGCCUGGACAAGAAGACUGGAUCUCUAACCAUCAGGAACAUCAGACCUGAACAUGCUGGUGGUUAUCAACUAAUUAUUAAGAAUAGAAGCACAGGAGCUUGUGUCAAAAGAUUCACCGUUGCAGUCAUUGUGGAGAAAGUGAGAGUCAUGGAGGGAAGGACGGCUGUUUUAGAAAAUGUUGCAGAAAUACGGACUGACGAUCAUGUAGAAUGGACAUUUAACUAUAAGAAGCCUCCCAUAGCUGAAGUCAGAGACGAACAACAGAUCUUUCCAUUUGCUGUUCAUGAUGGGAUAUUCAAAGACAGACUGGAGCUGGACAAGAAGACUGGAUCUCUGACCAUCAAGAACAUGAAACUAGCACAUGCCGGGUUUUUUUAUCUGAAGAUCAAGAAUAGUAGUGCAUCAAUCCAAGACAAACGAUUCACAGUUGCUGUCAUUGGCUAUAUCCUUCAUCAUAAUUUUGAUCUGGCCAUGACAUGCAGUUCCCAGAAGAAACCGAGUGAAGGAUUCAGCAACUGUGGAAUACCAGUGUUAGGUAAAGAUGUUCUGACUGUUGAGAAUGACAAUAUGGGAACAAGUUCACUUUAAUGAGGGAAGACACGCCCACCAGUGUCAAUCACUGUGACAUCAUCUACAUUUAUAACUCAACAACUGGCAUCUCUCACAUUUCUUCCAAUGAAUGUGAAAAGUUAACCUGUGUUUGUUCAGCUGUUACAGUCACAUGUAAAAAGAUUCUUUCAGGACAUUUUAAUGGCAUUUUAUGAAUGUUACAUGUAUUGGAAAACAAAUUAUAAGGUUCCGAUCUAGGUUCCAAUGUAAUAAUAUAUAACUGAGAAAGUUGUGUUCAUUGUGUUUUCAGUUUAGGUCAGGCAGCCCAGGCCUC